GAAGAAGAAGAAGAAGGCGGAUGUUCCGGUUCCGGCGGCGCGGCGCGGCGCUGCUGCCGUCUGGCGGAGCGGGAGGAGCGGCUGCAGGAUCGACGCGGCUCGGUUCACAUCUGGCCUCUGAAAAUGUGUAAAGUCCAGAUGCUGAGAGCGCUGGUGAAGCAGCGACUAACUGCGGCUGCUGAGGAGAUAUUUGGGCUGUUUGAAAGGACGAUAGCAGAGUACGAGGAGGAGGUUGGCCGCAGACUGCUGGAGGUCCGCGUGAAGCCGGAAAUAAACAGAGACGAUGUCUGCAAAUUUAUUGUGAGUAAAGAAGAAGAGGUUCUCCCCGAGCAGCAGGAGUGGAGCCCCAGUCUGGACCAGGACCCAGAGCCCCCACACAUUAAAGAGGAACAGGAGGAGCUCUGGAUCAGUCAGGAGGGAGAGCAGCUUCGAGGGCUGGAGGAGGCCGAUAUCACCAAGUUCCCAUUCGCUCCUGUCCCUGUGAAGAGUGAAGAAGAUGAAGAGAAACCUCAGUCCUCACAGCUUCAUCAAAGCCAAACUGAACAGAUGGAAACAGGAGCUAAUGGAGAGGACUGUGGAGGACCAGGACCAGCCAGGAACUCAGAUCCAGAUACACAUUUACAACCUGAGACUGAUGAUGAGACUGAAGACUCUUCUGAACCUGAGAGGAAGGGUCAGUCAGGUUUAAACUCUUUGAAAGAUAACAAUAGAUGUAAUACUGGUGAGAAACCAUUUCGCUGCUCUGAGUGUGGUAAACUCUUCAGCCAAAACUCAAAUCUGAAGACACACAUGAGAAUUCACACGGGAGAGAAACCGUUCAGCUGCUCACUUUGCGGUAAAAGAUUUAUACAAAAGGCUCACAUGACACAACACAUGGCACGUCACACGGGGGAGAAACUAUUCAGCUGCAGCGUUUGUGAUGAAAGAUUCACUUGGCUUUAUCAGCUCAAAAACCACAAGUGUGUCGGUCGUCGGGCCUCACAGCUUCAUCAAAACCAAACUGAACAGAUGGAAACAGGAGCUGGUGGAGAGGACUGUGGAGGACCAGGACCAGCCAGGAACUCAGAUCCAGAUACGCAUUUACAACCUGACACUGAUGACAAGACUGGAGACGCUUCUGAACCAAAGACUGAAGUCCCUGUAAGCGAUAUUGACUUAAAUAAUGGCAAGAAACUGUUCAGUUGCUCCGAGUGUGGUAAAACGUUUGGCCGCAAGACGCAUCUGCGGGAACACCAGAGAUGUCACACAGGAGAAAAACCUUUCAGCUGUUCAAUUUGCAAGAAAUGUUUUUCAUGGAGAAGACAGUUACAGAGACACACGAGAGUCCACACGGGGGAGAAAAGACUGAGCUGCAGUGUUUGUGACAAAAUGUUCAAUUGGCCUUAUCAGCUCAGAAUCCAUCAGUGUGUUGGUGAGUCCUCACAGCUUCAUCAAAGACAAACACAACCUCAGUCAGGUUUAAACUCUCUAAAAGCUCAUGAAGUCCCCGUCAGCGAUAUGGGACGUAAUACUAAGAAACAGUUUCCCUGCUCUCGGUGUGGGAAGGUAUUUGGCUACAAGGACUCUCUGCUGAGACACACGAGAUGUCACACAGGAGAGAAACCGUUUAGUUGCUCAGUUUGCGGGAGACGAUUUAGAGAAAGGGGAAAUAUGGGGCAGCACAUGGUCGUCCACACCGGGGAGAAACCUUUCAGCUGCAGCGUUUGUGACCAAAGAUUCAGUUGGCGUAAACAGCUCAAAAAACACAAGUGUGAUGGUGAGAGCAGCAGCAGUAAAUGAACUUCCUGCUUUGAAUUAGGUUGAAUCCAAAUCUCAUCUCCACACCUUUUUUUGGACAACACGUUUAUUAAUUAUUUUACUGUAACAUGUUGGACUUUUAUUGAACACUUAUGAGACUUUAAACUAUUAAAAUCAGCGAGGUGCGCCCAAUGACUGCAGAGUUUUGGAAAUAUAUCACUAAAAACCUCAGAAAUGAUAAAAAUGAAUAUUCCACAGGAUCCCAAAGUGUGGAUCCUUGUAGACUUGAACCCACUGAAACUUCAUUUUACUUGCCAGUGCAGCUGGGGGAAAAUGCAUUUUAGUAAACUUGAAAUCUGACCUCCCUCCAUCCCAAAGACACUGGAUCAAUGAACUAACAUCGUACUGUACUCUGGAGAAGAUCCGAUGUAAGCUAAACACCCACAAUGAAGAUCUGCGUGGCCUUCAUAAAUGCCUUAGCUCGACUCAAAUGUGAUGCCUGAUAAUUGCUGUUUUAAUUUCAUCUCAACUUAAUUUUACUUUACAUCCUAACAUACUUUCAAACCGAACUUUUUUAUGAUUCUGUGGUUAAUACUAAGUGCAACGAACCAAACCGAAUACAGGGGUUCGGUGGGGGUGGGGUUGCUUGUCUUUGUUAUUUUAAAGUAGUGUGCAUUGUAUGAUUCUUGUUUUGUUUUGAGCAUUACUGUUUUCUGUCCCCCCCCUCCUAUUUUGUUGUUUGUAUUUUGUUUUAAUCAGUAUCGUUGGAAAAUGUUAAAUACAGAACAACUCUGCUCUGCCUCUACUGUCACUAAUAAAAAAAUAAUUACAAAAACAAAAUCUGAAGUGUUCAAAGUUGAAGGGUCGUGCUUCCAGCUAGUGGGGCGCCACCGCUCUCCCCAUAGGAAGACAAUGGCACAGCCAGCGCAGAGCGGUUUUACCGCCGAUCAUGUGUGGCGGCCUUAAGGCUUCAGCCGCCCGUCACAAGAAAACUCCCACUUCA